UUCAUGAAUCAUCAUCAUCUUCUUCCCACUGAAUUGAAAAAAAAUAAAAUAAAAUCUGCUCAAUUCCCUAUGCUCAGAAGAGAUUUUGGAUGAGAGAGAGAGAGAAGGGUUUAAGUUUUCACGAGCUCUGAAUUCUGAUCACCGCCUUUGAGAAACCCUAGAAAAGCCGAUUGAUUGAAGGAGACAGAUGAAGAAUUUUGAGGAGUUAAAUAAUUUGUGUGCUGAGACGAGAGGGCAGUGGGUUUGGUGAGCUUUCACGUGCUCUGCUCUGCUCUGCUCACCUGAAUUAUCUUUCUAUUUCAGUGGUUCUGCUCUCGCCACAUCGCCUCCACCAAUCGCUUCUUCUGCCCUAGAUUUCUCUUUUUUUUUCCUUCCCCUCGAGAUGUUAACGUAGUCUUUUCGGGACUUGAGCAAUUGAUUCCAUUCGGAGUGGUAAUAGCCAGGAGAUGGAUCGGUCGGCGCUUACGGUUGGGCCGGGAAUGGACAUUCCGAUCAUGCACGACAGCGAUCGUUACGAGCUUGUGCGCGACAUUGGGUCUGGCAACUUUGGGAUUGCGAGAUUGAUGAGGGACAAGCAGACGGGGGAGCUCGUCGCCGUCAAGUACAUCGAGAGAGGUGAGAAGAUAGAUGAAAAUGUGAAGCGGGAGAUAAUAAACCACAGAUCUUUGAGGCAUCCUAACAUUGUCAGAUUCAAAGAGGUAAUCUUAACCCCAACCCAUCUGGCAAUUGUGAUGGAAUAUGCAUCUGGAGGAGAGCUCUUUGAGCGGAUCUGUAAUGCCGGACGGUUCAGUGAGGACGAGGCACGUUUCUUCUUCCAGCAACUUAUAUCAGGAGUCAGUUACUGUCAUGCUAUGCAAGUAUGCCAUCGUGAUUUGAAAUUGGAGAAUACAUUGUUGGAUGGAAGUCCUGCUCCUCGCUUGAAGAUUUGUGAUUUUGGAUACUCCAAGUCUUCUGUGCUGCAUUCACAGCCAAAAUCAACGGUUGGCACCCCUGCAUAUAUUGCACCUGAGGUGUUACUUAAGAAAGAGUAUGAUGGCAAGAUUGCAGAUGUGUGGUCCUGUGGGGUGACCUUAUAUGUCAUGUUGGUGGGUGCAUACCCCUUUGAGGACCCUGAGGACCCAAAAAACUUCCGUAAAACAAUUCAGCGAAUCCUGAAUGUACAGUACACAAUUCCCGAUUAUGUUCUUAUUUCUCCCGAGUGUCGCCAUCUGAUCUCUAGGAUUUUUGUUGCAGACCCAACCAAGAGGAUAACAAUUCCUGAGAUAAGGAACCAUGAGUGGUUUCUGAAGAAUCUUCCAGCUGAUCUUGUAGAUGAGAAGGCAAUGAAUAGCCAAUACGAAGAGCCUGAUCAACCUACGCAAACUAGUGAGGAAAUCAUGCAGAUAAUCGCCGAAGCUGGCCUUCCUGCUGCUGGGACACAGAGUCUCAACCAAUACCUUACUGGCAGCCUUGAUAUUGACGAUGACAUGGAGGAUGACCUAGAGACCGAUCCUGAUCUUGAUCUUGAUGUCGAUAGCAGUGGAGAGGUUGUCUAUGCAAUGUAAUUGUUAAACCUGCCAAAAGUUCAUAGGAUUGGACGGAGAGCAAGAACAGACUGUAGCACACUUGGACCAUGAAGGUUGGAGAGAUCCUUAUGCCUUCAGGUAGCGGACGGUUUGUCAAUAGAUUUGCAAAUCGAAUCGAGUCGAGGAUCCAUCUGUUCCUAUAUGGCUUGGGUUUGGGGUUUUAUUGGUCAACUUUUACAAAGUGUUUUCUGUAUAAUUUGUAUCACCACAUACACACGCACAACCCAUGCUCUACAGUUGUAUAUUUUCCGUAGCAAAAUAUUGGAACUGCUUGUCAAACCUUUGUUUGCAUCUCUGCAUCUAAUAAUAUAUCAAUAGUCAAAGGAAUGAGAA